UGAAGGAUUAAAUAAAAUUGUUCAGAUGCUUAAAACUUUGUCAUUUCAAUAUUUCAGAUGGUGAUCCAUUUGGACAGGUUCAAUAUUCACCAAAUACUUCUGGCGCUCCAGACCUCUCCAUGGCUAUGAAUAUAACAGACAAUUCUUGCCUCUUAUGCGGGAAGUCGUUCAAACAUCCAUGUCGUCUAAGAGAACACAUGAAAACACACGCAGGAUUUAGACCCUGGAAAUGCAAAGUGUGCGGAAAAUUUUUUAGUUUGAAAGGAAAUUUGAAAAAGCAUAUGAUAAUUCAUUAUAUAUCGAAACAGAAAAUUGCAACUUCAUCUUACAUGAGGAGAAAAAAUGUUAAAAGUUACAAUCUCGGAAAGAAAAGUCUGUGUGCUAUCAUAUCUGCUGAAAUAAUGUUUCUAGCGUUAUGUUUUAGUCAAAGUCGGUACAUUCAAGUGAACUUACAUUUUUUAUAUUUUUCACUUCCAGGCGAACACAGCCCAGAUGGUCAACUAUGGGGUAUGCACAGGAAGGAGAAUGAACAGUUUUACCAGCAUGCUUGUGAAGUUUGCGGAAAAAAGUUCCGGCACAAACAAGGGCUCAAUCAACACAAGGUCACGCACACUGGAGAGAAGCCGUUCAAAUGUGACAUUUGCGGGAAAGCUUUCGCAUUGAGGAAUAAUUUUAAACGACAUUUAGUGAAACAUAUGAACUUUACUCAGAUGGGUUUGGUUUUAAAAUUUAUGCUGAAGAAGUCGGUGUACAAAAGCAUCCUUGCCCAAUGUGUGGAAAACCUUUCUCUAGAAAAUUCAACAUGCGUGAACACAUGA